AUGCAUCAACCGUAUCUAUCGGAGAAGUCGCAUAUCCUACAGUUGAUCAAGGAUCAGCUCGAGCAGAUUAAAUAUAAUAAGACAGUGAAAUUGAACAAUAUUUUGCCGGAUAUACAAAAUGUGACAUUGUCAGAGGUAAUAGAAUGUCUCCAUGAGUUUUUACAUUCACAUGAGCCGUAUUUGGAGCUCGAGAGGUUGUCGCUCCAGGGAAAUCAGCUCACCAAAUUGCCCAAUAAUUUUUCAAUAAUUUCCAGUAGCAUUCGAUAUUUGGAUCUCCAUGAUAACAAGUUCACGGAGUUUCCUGAGGUAAUAGGUGAUAUACCAAAUUUAGAGAUUUUGGACAUGUCAAGAAAUAUGAUGCAAACAUUGCCAUCGUCCGAAGUAGCCAGGCUUCAGGAUUUGAGAGUAUUAUCAUUGAAAGAGAAUAGGUUCAAAUAUUUGCCACCUGUUCUUUGUAAGCUUGGCAGUUUGCAUUUGAUAGAAGUGACUGAGAACCCACUAGUGAUGCCAUCUCCCGAAGUAAUACGAAAUUUCCAAAUGCAGUCGCCUGAUCUAGACUGGGUGAAUGAGUUGAAAAAUUACCUUAACACAAAUAGCUCAAUAUUGGAAAUGAAGCUUGCUGAACAAGCUGAUCAUUUCAGGGAACAAGAACAUGUAACACGUUUACCACCAGCAAUAUCUAGGUCAAAGAGUAUAUCUGAAACGAGAACCAGUGCAUCAAGGGCUGCUAGAAGAAUGGGAUUAAUUAUUAGAAAGCCCGACGAAACAAAGUCUAAUGAUACUUCCAAUACCAGCAAUGACUCUUCUGAUUCGCAAUAUCAUUAUGGGGACUUUUCAGGUUUCGCCCCUGGAUAUUCUUCACCUCUGCCUUCGCCCCAACAAUCAUUAUCUGCAUCUGCAAGCCAAACCACUUUUAGCAUAUCAACACCUCCCCCAGUUCCAUCAAUAGCUACGGUCUCUACGAACGCGGGCACCCAGGCAAAUAUACAAUACCCACAAGCAUCUAGCACACCUAUGAUAAGUAGGACUUCAAGCCGUAAUAGAUCCAGAUCUAAUACAUUAAGGGAAAUAGAUAGGAUUCUUGAGAAAAGUGAUACGGUCGAUACAGAACAUAAGUCUGGAGCUUAUUUUAGACGACUUUCUACCUUACAAGAAUUGCCUACCGAUGAAAAUAUUUCAGUCAACAUUGCAUCCAGUAACACUGCCCCUCACUCAUCAUCUACUUCUAGAAAUAAUGGUGUAGGCCAGCAGUACAAAAAUGGCAUAAGUCAAUCAAUGAAUAAUAUUGACACCUCCGAGACUAUACAUGAAGUACCUCAAUCAGCCAGCAAGUCUACAUUAAGAGUUUCGUCAAAGACGGCCUCCCAUAAAGGUGAUGUUUCACCGUCGAGGACUUCAUUCCAGUUGAAAGACACUAGUUCUAAGAAAAGUUCUUAUACUGCAGCAUUAAUAAAAGCUUCUAGAAAGAUUCUUUUCUCCUUCAGUGAGCUUCAUUCUUCAGUGCGUAGGUUUACAGGUUUCUGCAUUGACAAGAAAAUCACCAUUAAGAUGGUUUCCUACUUGUACACUACAAAAUCAAAUAUUGAUUCUCUAGUGGAGAAUUUAGAAAUAGUCGAAGAGAACGGUGAUAAUAUAGAUCAAAUCAACGUUCAUCUCCAUGCCUGCAUUUCCUCAUUCAAAUCAAUUAUGGAUUUAUUAAGUGAAAACUUCUCAACUUUUGUGAUGAAGAUUGAUGUUUGCUUUAUCAGAAUGCUUUAUUUGACGCUUUAUGGCUCGUUCAAUGAAUUAUUGAAUGCUCAUAAAAUACUUUCUUCUACCCUGGGAUUACAAGUUUCUACCACAACACGUUCAAAUGCUACUUCUACUAGCCAAGCACCCUCUUUGGAUUCAAAGCACUCAACUAAGCCUUUGUCAAUAAACACUAGCAACGUUGGAGGUGACACAGAUGAUAUAGAUGAGAAGCUAUAUGAGAGCAUUGAGAUUGCAACUUCUAAUGCUCAAAUCGUUUUUAGCGAGUUAACGAAAGCUAUUGGCAAAACAGCAACAGGUGGUGCGGUCAGCAAUUCGGCACCUUCUGGUCAAUCUAGUAACCAUACAGUUGCUACUAAAGUCAAGGAAUUAACUAAUGUAUGUGUGUCUUCGAUGGACAUCACCAAAAGGCUUAAAACUAAAUUAAUCACCAUUAGAAAUAAUCCAUCACAAACAACCAAAAAACUAUUCUGGGACGAUAUUAAUCUAUUCCUCAAGGCAAUCAUCCAGACAUUUUCGUCCGUUAAGGGUGUCAUGAAGGACUUGCCGAUUUUGAACGACGUUAGAUCAUUCAUGGCUAAUUUGACCAAGACUACCAAAGAUGUUACCAUCAUGUUGGAGGCCUCGUCAUACAGAUCAAUGUCUUCUGAAUCAGCUUCAUCAUCUACAUCUGCACUUCCGCCCCAAUUACCCUCCAUUGCGAGUGUUUCCAACAUAUUCACUCCUAUAUCUCCUCAUCCUCCAAAUUCCGUCCAUUCGCAUUCUCUGGCAAACUUGGUUCAAAUGAGUAACCCAAUUUUAGCGAAUACUCAGCAAGGUCUGUUUGCCACGCGUACACCGCUUCCCAACCCUUCUGGUCCCCCUACGCUGAUUGAGCCACCCGCUGGUCAUUCCAGUUCGAUGCUAAAUACUAAUUCGAUAACUGGUGGGGCAAGUGUCACCGCACCUGCUCAUUCUACAGGCCAAUACUACGCAAAAAAUGGCAUGAAUCCUUUUGAUGGCCUCAUUUUGGCAAAUAGUGAUAAGGAUAGAGCCACCACUCGUACUAAUGAAUAG